GUGACCACAGCUGCAUGCUAAUGCAACACUGUAUGAAAAUUUGGCGCAAGCAAGCGCUUGGUGUGCUUGGUAUUAUUUGUGCGCUUGUUAUAUGCAAUCUGAAUAAUUAAGCAAUUAUAGUAAUGAAAUUAAGCGCAAGUAAUACACACACAGACAUGCAAAAUGGUGGCGCUGUUUGUACAAAAACUGUGGCAAUGGAUAACGCGACUGCAGACACUACAUCACCAACGUUAAUGAAAACUGAAUUGAAAUCUUCAAACACAACUCAACGCUUUCCCGGAAAUUUGUUGCUUCGAAAUUUCAUCAACGACGUCCAGUCGGCCACGGACAGUAGUGAGCAACACACAGAAAAUGAACUGUACAACACAACAGAGCUGCGACAGACGCCGCCAGCAGCAGCGGUAGCAAAGACAUCAGAAACUGAAGAAAAGCAUCGAGUGAGAACACAAAAGAGAAAGCGCGACUUGAUCAAUUUGCAAUCAAACUUGAGCCCCAAAUACAUUGGCUAUGCCAAUGCCAACUCGCCCAUAACAGCAAUGCCCGAAAAUGUAGACAAAGUGCGCACAACACGCCGACGUAAUCAACCUCUAAACAGCAGCUGCGAUCUAAAUGUUAUAGAUAGAGACAGCGACGUUGCUUCGCCCAAGACCUACAUGACAGCAGUUGCCUUUAUGAGUCCCAUUGAUAAGUUGCUCAUCAAGAAUGGCGCAAAUUCACCCAACAGUACGGGCUUCGAGGCCGACGCUGAGGAUGUGACACUGGCUAAAUCAACCCGCAAACAGCUCAAACGCAAACUGAAACGUGGCCCAAAGCAAAAGAAUAAAAAAACUCUUGCUGAGGCUGUAGUAAAAAAAUCUAGUGCAGAUCAAAGUGUAGAGGAGCAAGUGCAAAAUGCAGAGGCACAGGAAACGAGUCCUGUCCAGCCUGAGUUAUCAAUCAAAAUUGAGCCGAUGGAAGAGGAUGUGGAACACAAAAUAUUUCAGACUGAUAAUCAAAUUGAUGUUGUACCAAAGCUAAAAACUGAAGACAUGAAGAAUGCACACCACAGCCAGGUGGAAUCCACGGCAAUCGAGAUCGAGCCAUUGAAAUCACCACCAGAUCAUAUAGAGUCUGCCAACAAUAGCGAACAAUCGAUCAAGUCACCGUCAUCGAUUAGCUUAGAUAGUGCAAAGGGAUCGUCAAUUGUCACCGAUGCAGGCUGGCCCACCUACCAGGUGGGCGAUCUCUAUUGGGGCAAGCUGUUUACCUAUUGCUACUGGCCCUGCAUGGUCUGCCCGGAUCAGUUGGGUCAGAUUGUGGGCAACCUACAAGCACAUCCUCAACGCAAGUCAACGGACAGUGCGCCCGGAGCGCCAAUGCCCAUACAAGUGCAUGUUCGUUUCUUUGCCGACAAUGGACGGCACAAUUGGAUAAAAGCUGAGAAUCUAUUGCCGUUUGCCGGCCUCAAAGCAUUUCAGGAGCUGCGCGAAGAGGUGCGCAUCAAGCAUGGUCCCCGUAGCACCAAAUACCGCCAAAUGGUGGCCAAACAGAAUAAGCUGCUUGUUUGGCACCAAGCCAUCGAGGAAGCAAACAUUGUUGCUCAGCUGCCCUACGCAGAGCGUAUGCAAAAGUUCUUUGACAUCUACGAAUCAACCAUCACUCAGAACAGGAAGAAACGCAAGCAGGCGAGGUCCGUGCGUCACGACACAUCUGAUGUGGGCAGCAGUCUGUAUGAUUCGACGGAUAAUUUGCUGGCUAAGUCAACGUCUACGGUACAGCAGGUGGCUGUCAAGCGAGAACGUUCCGCUACUCCGUUCAGUCCAGCUUACUCUCCCGUCAAGCACAAUCAUCAGAAACGUGCAAAGCGGCGCAAGCUCAGCGGCAACAUUGAGGCCCAAGUGGGCUAUACGUCUAUAGCGGAUGGUUCCUCGGAGAAAAUGCAGUCACCCGAUUUGAUUAACUAUAAGAAUCCCGAGUUUGGUCAAUUAUUCGAUGCGAUCAAGGAAUACGUUAUGGUGCACCGGCAGGAGGAGAAGGUUGAAAAGGUACUGCUGGCGGUGGUCCGUAACAUUUGGUCACUAAAACAGCUGCAGUUACGUGAGUUGGAGCGAGAUUUAGCGAAUGGUGAUGCAGAGCUAUUAGGAUCGGCUCGGCUGGGCAAAGAACGUGGUCGCGGCGUUGGCACCAUAAAGCGUCUCUCGAAUCGUCUAAAGACCAUGAUGCUGCGACGCAGUCUAACGCCCGUUGUUGCACCCAACGGAACUGUAGCUACAUCUCAUGCAACACCACAUACUCCUGAGUUAAUGGAGCAGGAGCGACCGCUUUCUGAGCAAAACAAAGCGAAGAAACCUAUUGGCAGAGCUAUUGAAGAAGUGGUCGAGGAUAUACUGCAGUUGGACCGAAAGUAUCUGUUCCGUGGCCUAAAUCGUGAGCCAGUGUGCAAAUAUUGCUACGAGCCAGGGGGCGAUAUACAACGCUGUUCCUUAAACUGUAACAGUUGGUUGCAUGCCACGUGCCUGGCACAACAAGGAACUGCUAUCAGCAAGUCCAUGAGAACUCAAAAGGCAAUCGGCAACACGCCUGAGCCCUUAACCAGCUCGUCGCCCGUUUUGGACCUGGAGCUACCGACGACAACGCUAGCUAAGCACAUAACUGGCGAUGAAAUUAGAGAGGAGCAGGAAGAGGAGAAGGAGCCACUUAUAUGCCGGGAGUGCGCCACUGGCAAAUCGAAUGCCUGUUGCAUAUGCCAUCAGCAACAAUUGCCAGCAGGCUCGCCGCAAGCUUCGCCAAACAAGCCCGAGACUGAGGAGUCGUCUGCGACCAGCAAGCUGUUCCAUUGCAGCCAACCCAUGUGCAACAAUGUGUUCCAUGCCAGCUGCUGUAAAUAUUGGCCGCAGGCGAGCAUCAGCAACUCCAUCACACGCUGCCCGAUGCACGUGUGCCAUACCUGUGUCUCGGAAGAUCCCAGCGGCAAGUAUCAGCAGCUGGGCAACGCCAAGUUGACGAAAUGCGUCAAGUGCCCGGCCACUUAUCAUCAGGACUCACGUUGCAUUCCAGCCGGUUCGCGCAUGCUAACCGUCACCCAUCUAAUCUGUCCCAGACACAACAUUGCUAAGGCGGAUGCCAAUCUUAAUGUGCUUUGGUGCUACAUAUGUGUGCGGGGUGGCGAGCUGGUCUGCUGCGAGACCUGUCCCAUUGCGGUGCACGCGCACUGCCGUAACAUUCCAAUCAAGACCAACGAGAGCUACAUCUGUGAGGAGUGCGAGAGCGGACGUCUGCCAUUGUAUGGAGAGAUCGUGUGGGCCAAAUUCAAUAAUUUCCGCUGGUGGCCGGCAAUCAUAUUGCCGCCCACUGAGAUACCCAACAAUAUACUAAAGAAGCCGCAUGGAAUGAAUGAUUUUGUGGUGCGCUUCUUUGGCACCCAUGAUCAUGGCUGGAUAUCGCGUCGACGGGUUUAUCUGUAUAUUGAGGGCGAUACUGGCGACGGCAACAAGAGCAAAACGUUAAUGUCCAAACGUUAUACGGCCGGCGUCGAGGAGGCGACACGCUUCCUCAAGAUCAUCAAGGCGAAGCGACAGGAGCUGGCCAUUGGUCGAUUAAGUGGGAAUAAGCUUCAUCCGCCGCCGUAUAUCAAGAUCAAAGCCAAUAAGCCGGUGCCGCCUGUACGGUUCGUCUACAACGAAGAAGAUCUUAACGUCUGCGAGUGUAAACCGGGCAGCGAGCAUCCUUGUGGGCCCGAAUCUGGCUGCCUUAAUCGCAUGCUCUACCAUGAAUGCCAUCCGGAUUACUGUCACGCGGGCAGCCAAUGUGAGAAUCAAUUGUUUGAGCUGCGUAAAUCGCCACGCCUCGAGGUCGUCUACAUGAACGAACGCGGCUUUGGCCUGGUCUGCCGGGAGCCCAUUUGCGAGGGUGACUUCAUCAUCGAGUAUGUGGGCGAGGUAAUCAAUCACGCAGAAUUUCAGCGACGAAUGGCGCAAAAGACUCGAGAUCGCGAUGAGAACUUUUAUUUCCUGGGCGUAGAAAAGGAUUUCAUCAUUGAUGCGGGACCCAAGGGAAAUCUGGCACGUUUCAUGAAUCAUUCCUGUGAGCCAAACUGUGCGACCCAAAAGUGGACAGUAAAUUGUAUUAAUCGCGUUGGCCUCUUCGCCAUCAAGGACAUAACAGAGAAUACUGAGCUCACCUUCAAUUAUCUAUGGGAUGAUCUUAUGAAUAAUGGCAAGAAGGCUUGUUUCUGUGGAGCAAAGCGUUGCUCUGGCGAGAUCGGCGGCAAGCUAAAGGAGGAGGAGAUUAAGGAGACGAAAUUGAAGCAAUUGCCACGGCACAAAGGCAUUCGAAUUCACGUCGGCGCGCCCAAAAAGAAGGCAGUAAAGAGGGUUAAAUCCAAACACAUCAGUGCAGAUAAUGUGCCCAUAACGGAAUCAACAACGGAUACUGCAGAUACCACUGAUGCUGGUGCUGGUGCCGGUGCUGCUGCUACUAAUGUUACUGCUGCUGCUGGUGCUGGUGCUGCCGAUACUACUGCUGCUGUUGCUGCCAAGGAACCGUAGUGUAAUAGACAUGAUUAUAGUUCAUUAUUUUAUAUAUAUAUAUAUGGCAUAUUUGUUGCUUAUUGAUUAUUAAAUUUUUUAUACAUAACUCAUUAAAUAUCGCCAGACUAUGGACGCUUCUAAAUUUAUAUAUAUAA